UUGCUGUGUUUCUGGUCUCGGCCGCACAACAAAGAAAAAGAAGAGGAGAGAAAGCUUCGUGCAGAUUCAACCAUGGUGGCCGUGAAGAAAACCAAGAAGACCCAUGAGUCUAUCAAUAACAGGCUCGCUCUCGUCAUGAAGAGUGGCAAGUACACUCUCGGCUACAAGACCGUCAUCGACACUCUGCGUAGCUCCAAAGGGAAGCUUAUUAUCAUCUCGAACAACUGCCCUCCUCUGAGAAAGUCUGAGAUUGAGUACUACGCCAUGCUUGCCAAGGUUGGAGUUCAUCACUACAAUGGAAACAAUGUUGACCUGGGUACAGCAUGUGGCAAGUACUUCCGCGUGUCAUGCCUCAGCAUUAUUGAUCCAGGUGAUUCGGAUAUCAUCAAGACACUGCCUGGUGAUCAGUGAUGGCCUUUCGGACACUGCCUCCUUUGUAAACAUGUUACAAUUUUAGAGGCUUGUUUGUGCUCUCAUGAUCGAAUGCCCCUCGUAGGUUUCAAUUUGGUCCUGCUUUCAAGAUCAUUUAAGUUAAUUUUGUUAUAAUUGGGUACUCACAUUCACCUUAUGUUGUCCUCUUUAUUUCCAUUGCAUCAUUUACAAACAGUAACCAUCUUAAAAGAGUUUUAUAUUGUAGGCACUUUG